AAAUAUUGCAGAUGUCCUACGUUGAAAAUAAACCGGAAAACCACCAAAUAUUCAAAAACCUGGCCAAACACGGUCAAGAUAAACAUGAAUCCGAAUUGUUACUCAAAACGGCUAUUUUUAGACGUGACAAUGUCAAUAUUGCUUAAUGUUUGUGUAGACUUAUUAUAAUAUCAUGCUGGAAUGUUUAACCACAGUCAGCUCUAUGUAUUUAGAUACAUAGUAAUUAUUAUGUUAAAAGCCGUUUAAACCAGAUCUAGAUUAAAUCAGAUAUUGUACAGACUUGCUUUUUGAAAUCUUAUAACCGGGAAUUUAUAAACUGUUGCAUUAGAGUGUUACUGUUGAAGGAUGGCAAACCCAUUGCUUGAUUCACUUAAGUCAUUUGACAAAACAAAAUUGAAACAAACAGACACAAAAAUAACAACCACUGCAGGACUACAGAUAGUCGAGAAAAGGGAUUCUCAUGGACGGAUAACACAUGAGCUUGUUGGAGGGAAAACAUACGGGUUUGUGGCAUCAACAGUAGAUGACUUACAAGUUGGAGAAAUUUUAUCUGAUCAUUUGAUUAUUGGAUCCCAGGAUGUAGCCCAUGACUUAUCAACGUUGGAAAAGUUCAAAGUUACCCAUAUACUGAACCUAGCUUCUUAUGUGCAAAAUAAAUACCCGGACAAGAUCAAAUAUAAAGACAUUAAAGUGAAUGAUCUGCCAGAAGUGCAAAUUCUUCCCUAUUUUGAUCAAGCAUUCGAGUUCAUCGAUGAAGGUGUGAGAGACGGAUGUGUAUUGGUUCAUUGUAACGCUGGUGUUUCUAGGUGUUCCACGAUAAUCAUUGGCUAUCUCAUGAAAACCCAUGACAUGAGUUUGACUCAGGCUUACACUUUAGUAAAAGAAAAGCGACCUGCCAUCCGUCCUAAUGAUGGAUUCAGAGCUCAGUUGAAGACGUAUGAGGAGAGACUGAAGAUAGAUCGAAAGUAGUAACAGCAUUUGUUUUUACAUUUGACCAACGGAGUACUGACAUGAUUGACGGUUCCAUCAGAUAAAGCCAUUUUAUAUGGCAAAAAGUGAUUUUAAAAUACAUGUAUAAUCAAAUAAAUUAGUCAUUAUUUACAAAUCUAAA